AUGUUGGUCAAGCUGAGGAUGGCUUUCCAGCAGGCCGGGAAGAUAUCUGAAGGGAGCCUGCCCAAACUGGAAGCCAACAUCCUCGUCAUUGGAGCUGGGAAGGUGGGCAAGUCAGCUUUGACGGUUCGGUUUCUGACUCGGAGGUUUAUUGGCGAAUAUGGAGAUAUUGAAUCAAUUUACACCCACAAAGUGAUGAUGGCUGGCCAGGAAGCCUGCUUCAGCAUCUGGGACUCCGUCUGCCCCCAGAUGGCAAAGCUCCAGGGUUGCCUGAACGAGAAGCAGCUCCGCUGGGCCGACGGCUUCGUCAUCGUCUACAGCAUCAGCGACCGCACCAGCUUCCAUUUCGCCCGCCAGCAGCUCCAGAGGAUCAAGCAGCUGAAGAAGAGAGGAGGCGCCGAAAAGGUCCCCGUUAUCCUGGUGGGGAACAAGCGGGACUUGCAGCACCUGAGAACCGUCUCCAGCGAGGAAGGCCGCCUUCUGGCCCUCUCCACCGACGCGGGCUUCUUCGAGAUCUCUGCCGCCGAGACCUACCAUGGUGCCCUGGUGGUCUUCCACGAACUCCUGGACCUGGUACGGGACUCCAGGAGCGCCACCAAAAAGGCAGUUGGCAUCCGGGGACUCGUACGCAGCAUGUCAGCUGUCCUUGGGAGGAGAAGAACAGAAUGAGCUUUGGUUUCGGGGAGCUGGGAGGAAAGAGAGGAACUAGGGAAUUGUGGGAGAGGAGCUCUGGUGACGGCCGCUCAGUUGGAUGUGCAUCCAUCCCUAAGGAUCAUCAGGCGAAAUGACCACAGAAGGAUGGUGCAGAAAGCUUGCACACCUUGGACUUAGAGUUAUGGACAGCUAUAAAUGUACUUCUUGCCUCUGAGAGUAGCCGUCUCUUGCAAGCACAAAACAGAGGUUGGAUGGCCCAUCAACAGGGGUUCCUUAGUUGUGGUUCCUGCUUUACUAGGGGUUGGACUAAAUGACCGCAUGGGGUACCUUUCCACUCUGUGAUUCUGUGAUUUUGCGCCUUGGAAGCAGGAGUGAUGCACGCCUCCCGCACGAUGUUACCAGGGUCUGGCGCUGUGGAUCAGGAACGGCGUUGUGAAAAAAAAGGACGAGGAAGGUGCUUUGGAGCAUGUGCAGAGCACCAUUUGCUUCAUCGCUGAACAGCAGCAAAAGCAGACGCCGUGUCUCCGGAGUUAGAGGGUGGGUCUUGCGAGUCAGAGGCUGUGGCUUUUGCUCAGGGGAGGCCGGCUUACAUUAAUCACUCUGCAGUGGCAGGGUUCGAAAGAGCAAUUACGGCAUUUGUGUGAAGGCAAACCUUUUCAGAGGCUCUGCAGGGGUUGGAGAAAUGAUUAGGUUGAUUGGGCAGGAAAUAGAGCUCAAAUGGAUCUCAUGCCAGUUCAGUGCAAGAACCCUGCUGGAUUGGACCGUGGGCGCUUGCCACCCACCCAAAGCAUUUUCUCUUUGACUUAAGUGCUCAGAGGUAGCUGGAGGCUUUGCUAUGUUGUUUUAAAUGUUAUCUGCAAUGCAUGCUGAAAGCCACCCAGAAGGCGCCUGCUCUCGGUUGCAUGCUAUAUAAUUCCCCUUUUAAAAAGAGGGAUGGAGAAGAGCUAAAUAGCAAGGAGGCAAAUUUCCAGUACUCUGUAAUGUGUGUGUGUGUGGGGGGGGGAUUUUCCCCCUUCUUUUUAUCCCCGGAAAGAAAACUAAAAUGUUUACCAUUAUGUCCUUGUUUAUUGCAUAAGUUUGGUUAAACCACUGACUUUAGGAAGAAGACAUAAGACCAGCAAAUUUGCUACUAUUAUUAUUAUUAUUAUUAUUAUUAAAAAUAGAUGUUGAAUAUGAACCUCUUAUGGUCACGAUCCAAACAGCCACACUGCAAGUUCUUAGCCUUUACAGGAUGCUUCUCAAACUACAGAAACGCCAUCCUGCAAACUACAGACACGCCAUCCUGCUUGGGCAAAUGACUUUGGAAUGGAUGGGCAUUUCUAAAGCAUGCUGGUGAAACAUCACAGGGAUCUGCUCUUCAAAGCUGGCUGGGAUUGGGAGGAGAGUCCAAAGUCCCAUUGAGUGAACCUACCCAAAGUAGUUACAGUAUUUGGAUUCUGGUUGUGCUGAGUUGCCAGCCAGCCAAUUAUAGGGUUGCCAACCAGCCAAUAUUUUGCCAAGACAAAUAACCUAACCAGAUUCAAUCCCUAACCAGCCCAGAAGACUGUUCCGUUUCAAAUUCCGCCAAAUGGCUCCUCCCAUCAGUUGUUCCCCGACUGCGCCUCUGACUGGGCUCCACCUUCUCCUCUGACAUAAACCUCCCGUUCCCACCCCACCACUUCUGGCCUCCUUGUGCUGAGGAUGUGGCCUUGCCCAAUGAACCAGUAUUUUUUAAGAGAGCAAGCAUAGCUGCUUUCUGCACAUCAAGAUUCUCCUGGGUAGCUGGCCUGAUACGGCAAGCAAGGUUCUUCAGAUGUUCCAUCUUGCCCUCCUUUCCUCAUUGCUGUGCCCAUCAUUUAUUUUUAUUUUGAAACCACUGUGUGCACAUCUGUACCAUUAAGUGCGCAGCUUAAUGGAGAAUCUCAGCAUAGCAGUGAAGGCUGGGGCUGAUGAGAGUUGUAGUCCAGGACAGGGCAGGUUGGUGAAGGCCUGGGGUGCUUUUAGAUGAUUUGUUUAUUGAGCAUUCAGCCUGAUUUGUCUGCAGGGAGAUUAGAUGACGACUGCUAUUUACUGAGCGGUCUAUUUACUCUGAUUUGUUUGCAGAGAUGUUAGAUGAUGUUGUGUCAAAGCUAGCAUCAUCCCAGACUUUCCAGUGCAUUUCCUUAUCCUGCCACCUUCCGUUUUGAAAAAAAAACAAUUCCCAUCUUUUUGUGAAAGCAGGUUUGCUGCUCAUGACCUCCCCAUCAACUGUAACUGCCCAGUUUGCCAUCAUCCCACCCCAAAAUAGCAGCAACCCAGAAGCAGGAUGGCUUUCAGCGCCCUGCAAGAGGACUGAACAGGUGCAGUCAUUUUAGGCAGCGAGGAUACAGCGCAACAUUUUGUCAUGGUUUCCUUUUGUUUCCAUUUAUUCAAAAUUUGUUUUGGGGGGAUUCUUGUUUACGUUCAAACCUAUUUUGUUAUUUAACUGUUCUGCUGGAAUGAAACUCUUGCAGAAGAAACCUCUCACUCUGUUGUAAUGUUUGGAUGAGUAAUAAAAAGUUUACUAUUUAUGAUGA